AUGGUCCACGUUGACGUCCACUCUCUCACCCAGCCGGUGGGCAUCCUGCGUCUGGCGGCCAUCAUCGUCACGUGCGUGACUUUCAGCCUGGUGGCAUCAGCGGGGUACGUCCCGUCUCCUUACUGGGCAUGGUGCAUGUUCACCUGGUGCUUCUGCUUCUUCUUCACCUUCCUCAUCGUGGUCCUGGAGUUCUCCACCUUCAGCAGGAAGCUACCUUUCGCUUGGGAUGACUUCACCACCGCUUUCGCCGUACUGGCGAGCAUCAUGUGCCUCCCCGCCGCUAUUAUAUACCCCGUUUUCUUCAGCUGCGACGUAUGCCCCAGGCAAAUCGCCGCUUCCGUGGUGGCGUGGGCGUGUCUCGGGGUAUACGUUGGCGAAGUGACUCUAACUCGUCUUCGUCCCGGCGGUCAAAUCCGCGGCUUCCUCUCCACGUUGCCCGGCUUAAUGAAAAUGCUGGAGGUUUUCCUCGCCUGUCUUAUUUUCACAUCUCUGGAGAAAAGGCAGUACGAAGGCACCCCCGAACUGCAAUGGUGCGUGGCCGUGUUCUCCUUGUGCUUCAUCUCGGCCAUGCUUAUCAUCCUGCUCACGGUUGUGCAGCUGAGCUCACGGGUGCCGUUUUUCGACAAGAUAGUCAUCGUUUAUGACAUUUCGGCGGCGGUUAUGUACAUAACGGCGGUGGUGAUAUGGCCGCUUUAUAGUUUCCCGAACAACGGCAGACCCCCCAACUGUGGCUACUUGUGCUCAUGGGAUAAACUGGUCAUGAUCACCGUUAUGACUCUUCUCAAUUUCUGCGUUUACGUCCUGGAUUGCGUCUACUCCAUACGGCUUGUCUUGUUAGCCAGGAGCGAGUGA